AUGACGAAAGACCGCAUAAUGUGCUUUAGGGGAUGCGUUAGUGAAGCAAGGGAUUGGAACUCCCAAGACGGAGCUUCAUUGAGUACUUGGAGACGCCCGAUAGGCUUUUGGCCUCUGAACGCAGACUAUACAUAUAGUGACAUCAGUGGCGGUGGAAACCAUGGUAGCGGGUUUUCUGUUUCCUUGACGACUGGACAUGAAGGAGUAGGUAAUACUGCCUACAACUUCGGCGGGUCUGUAUCUAGCUACAUACACAUCCCGAACAACGGACAGCUGGACGCCCGUUACUCGUGGACGUUCUCGGCUUGGGUUUACAAUGGCGGAUCAACGCAAGGCCCGUUGUUUAGUUUUCAUUUCCCAAACUCCGUUUACGAUGAUUUUGGGUUGCUAAUCUGGCAGUAUCCUGAUACAACCACGCUUGUUGUUGCCCCUCGAAGCAGGAGUGAUGGAGCAGUUUCUGUGGCAGCGCUCUACGGCAGCGGUGUGCUGACGUCAAACACGUGGGUCUUCGUGAGUGUGACAUACGACUAUACGACUGGGGAUAUGACCAUUUGGAAAGAUGCUGAGAUAAACACUCAGUCAAACAUAGGCCAGGUGGAACACGCCACCCAGUAUGAUGUAUACGUAGGGUCCCGGUAUGCCUCAUAUAACUCGGAUACUAGGUCGUUUGCCGGUAGCGUGUCUUGUAUUCAGUGGUACGACGUGGCUUUACCCCAAGCCCAUAUCAGGAAUGCUCGCCAGCUGUGUGUCCCAGAAGCUCUUGCCAAGUAUUUAUGUGAUGGAGCAGUUUCUGUGGCAGCGCUCUACGGCAGCGGUGUGCUGACGUCAAACACGUGGGUCUUCGUGAGUGUGACAUACGACUAUACGACUGGGGAUAUGACCAUUUGGAAAGAUGCUGAGAUAAACACUCAGUCAAACAUAGGCCAGGUGGAACACGCCACCCAGUAUGAUGUAUACGUAGGGUCCCGGUAUGCCUCAUAUAACUCGGAUACUAGGUCGUUUGCCGGUAGCGUGUCUUGUAUUCAGUGGUACGACGUGGCUUUACCCCAAGCCCAUAUCAGGAAUGCUCGCCAGCUGUGUGUCCCAGAAGAACUCCCGUAUCCUGUUGGAUGGUGGCCUCUUGAGUCCAGCUACAAAGGAACUGACGUAACCGGAAACGGAAACCAUGCAACCCUCUCAUCAGAGUUAUAUCCAACCCACGGCCCUUUUGGCGGGAAAAACGACGCCUACGCCUUAGCAGGCACUAUUAACUCUCACAUCGUCAUACCUAACAAUGGCAAGCUAGACGUCCGUUAUUCCUACACCUUUACAGCAUACUUCAUGCCAAAAGGGGGGAAUGGUCCAUUAUUUGAUUACGAUACAGACGAUCCAAGCCACACUUGGGGUUUUCAUAUCUGGAACCACGCGGACCCAAACAAUCUCGGAGUCUACCACUUUGACCGCUCCUUUGUAAACCGAGGCUCCACAAGCGUUAGUUUCUUCGCAGACAGUGUAUGGAGCCAUCUUGCCAUUACAUACGAUUACGCAUCCAACCAAGUGUACUACUACCGGAACGGAGUACUCGUGCAUUCUUGGAACCCUACACAGCAAGAACUUGCCACUGCAGCAUGA